ACGGAGGCAGAAAAACGCUCAGAGAUCCUCUGACAGGAGAGAGGGGCGCGCGAGCAGCGGGCUGCUUCAGGUGUGUCGGCGGUAACGAGCUGCGGUGAGCACGUGACGACACCGGAUCGGACCGGCAAAUGUUCCUCAGGACCUGCAGCAGUGCCCUGGUCGUGUUUCCCCCCGAGCCCGACAUGCCGAUCGACAUGACCAUGCCCCUCUACCUGUCCCAUGAGGACUUCUUCUUCAGGGCCACUUCGAAAUCACGGACGUCGGCCCAGAGCUCCUGCCUGAGGUUCCAGAGCUCGGAGUGUGUGGACCAGACCAAGCCCGACGACACCAGGACCAGCAAUGACGACACCAGAAAAGCCAAGAAACGGGUGACGUUCGCCGACCACAAAGGCCUCUCGCUCACCAGGGUGAAGAUCUUCUCCGAGUUCACAGACCCCAUCGAUGUCCCUCUGAACAUCCAGGAGAUGCUGAGCUCCGCGCUCACGCUGUCAGCCGAGGAGAACAAGCUGGUGCUGGACUUCAUGCAGCCCUCCUCGGACUACCUGCAGUUCCGCCAGAGCCUGGAGAAGAACCUGGUGAGCCUGGAGCACUGCGUGCUGAAGGAGAAGGCCUUUGCAGGAACCGUCAAAGUCAAGAACGUGUCGUUUGAGAAGUCGGUGAAGCUGCGGGUGACCUUCGACUCGUGGAAGAACCACACGGACGUAAGCUGCGAGUACAUGAAGGACACGUACCCCAGCUCGUACAGCGACACCUUCUCCUUCGAGGUGGCGCUGCCCGGCGACCUGCAGCCGCACGAGCACGUGGAGUUCGCCGUCUGCUACGAGGUGGACGGCCGCCAGCACUGGGACAGCAACCAGGGCAAGAACUACUGCAUCGUCUGGUCCCACAUGAAGCAGGGCGUGCGCUCGGACUCCUUCGAGAUCCACUUCGACCGAUACGGCAGCCCCACCUGCUCACACGGCCUCUUCCCUGAUUGGCCGAGCUACGCCGGGUACGAGAACAUCGGCCCGUACUACUGAACGGCUGCGGUUUUAAAACGGCGGGUUGUCGGGGGAGUCGGUCGUCUCGGUUUGUUUAAGAAAUUAUCAUCCCGGUUUUCCUGAGGCGGGGGUCCGGAGCAGCCUCUGCCUCCUGUAAUCAAACAUCAUUCCAGAUGAGAUUUUAUUCCAGAAUCCUCCUCAGGCUGUCGGCCCCUUUUAAUCACGUUUAGUUCGUGUUCACCCUUCACGGCGCCGUGCAGCCGCCUCUCCUACCAACCGGGUUCUGAACUGAGCUGCUCGCUGAUUUCCACCCAGGAAACCAGCAGCGUUUCCAGACCAGGAAGUUGGACCGCAGGCUGGACUUCCUCCUCAGGAAGGUGAUGGAAACCAUGGCUCAGCGUGAACGUGGUUGCUAGGAGACGGGCUGUUAGCGGCAGACACCUUUUUAUUUGCUCACUGUUCCUUUAAAACGUGUUUCUGCCUGAAAGCCGGCGGGUUCUGUCCGGCGUGGACGGACGGCGGCCUCCUCUGAUAUUUGACGGGAUUUCUUUGCACGGCUGCUGUUCAUCUGUUUGUUUCACAUCUAUGCACGAGUUUGCACAUCACGGAGGUUCCAUCAGUCACUGGCAGCUGGGAGACAACGUGAGUUCACCUAGAUUUAUUACCGUUGCCACGGCGAAGGCUGCUCUGAGGUUUCACCGUCAGCACAUAAACCACUGAAGAUAAGCUACUUUCCUUUUUCUUUUUGCUGCUGUGGACAGUCUGGGGUUUAGCGUUAGCACUGACUGUGUUUUUAACGUGUCUGCGUGUGUGCGCGAGUUCAGCCGCGAGGCCUGCAUUUCAGGGAUUGAAUGAGUCUGAAUGAGCCUCAGAAGUGAAAGUUGAUUUUAAAAAAAGUGCUGGUCAAUAAAGUUCUGCCAUGUUUUACUCAUGAAGGGGAAAUUCUGUCUGUGGCAUCGAUCUGCUGUCAGAAAAAUGAUCUAAGAACAAUAAAAAGUCUAUUUUUAA